AUGCAGUGCGCGGGCGAGCGCGGGGUCUCAGCGAGCGUGCAGAGGGGGGACUUGGUCUGGGGGGGAAAGAGCCAGAGUGUGCAGUGGAAGCACGGCGUCACCCCCGGGAUGAUCACCCUUGCGUGCCCCUUAAAGCCCUCCGUGCCGCCCUCCACCAUCGGGCGAAUUGAGGUUAAGUCUAACUUGCCCUCGGGGAAAUACUCUCGUGGCGCGGAGGGUGGAGAAACGGGUGGAGCAGGAGGGGUGGAGGAGGGAGGAGGAGGCACAAGGUAG